AUUUAUAGAGUUCAUUCAGACUAGAAAAUCUCUCCAGCUCUUUCCCUCGACGUGUUUAUUCCUUCUGGAUCUUUCUUCCGAAAGUUCUGGAAAAGCUUCACAGGGCCGGCUCAGUUCAUAAGUACCCGAGGUGAACGCGAGAUAAACCAGAUAAACAAUCGAAGAGUCUCGUGAUUGACGGAAAGACAACGUGAAUCUCAGACAGACCAGCAUGGCUCUGCUGUGUUAUAACAGAGGCUGUGGAGCUCGAUUUGAUGCUGACAAAAACUCAGAUGAGGCCUGUCGCUAUCAUCCCGGCGUGCCAAUCUUCCACGAUGCUUUAAAGGGCUGGUCCUGCUGUAAAAAGAGGACGACAGAUUUCUCAGAGUUCCUGUCAAUCAAAGGUUGCACCCGGGGGCGCCAUAGUAAUGAAAAGCCUGAGGAGCCGCUGAGGCCGGAGGUGACAACCGACAAGGGAGAUGGAAAGCAACACGGUGGAGAAGAAAUCAUCUACAAGGGACCCAAAUCAGCAGAGGCCCUAGAAAAGGAGAGACCGAGUUCUGAUGAAUCAAAGUCAAAGCUGAAGCUGAAGAUCUCACCAUCUCUGGCUCAGAUUGCAGAGAAAAUGGAAACUACUGAGAGGGAGAAGAGAGAAAAGCUAGAGAGUCAAGUCUUUGUUGGAGUUCGGUGCAAAAAUGCAGGAUGCAAAACAACUUAUCAGGGUCCAGAAACUGAUGCAGAGAUCUGUUCUUUUCAUCCUGGAGUACCUGUCUUUCACGAAGGAUACAAAUACUGGAACUGCUGCUGCAUUAAAACUACUGACUUUAAUGCUUUCCUGGAUCAGAAGGGCUGCACUUCAGGGAAACACUGCUGGAUCCCUAAACAGGACAAAAAGAAGGUGGCUUGCCGGCAUGAUUGGCACCAGACUGGAAACCAGGUUGUGGUUACAAUCUAUGCAAAAAACUCCAGUCCAGAGCAUUCCUACGUGGAGGCAAACCGCACAGUGUUAACCUGCCACAUUCAGUUUGAGGGUGACAAAGUGUUUCACAAGGACUUCCACCUAUGGGGGGUGAUUGACGUGAACAACAGUUUUGCAAACAUGGUGCCCUCCAAGGUUGAGGUGACCAUGAAGAAGGCCGAUGUUGUAGCCUGGGGCAAACUGGAAGAUCCAAAGCACAUACCCGAGCCAGAUGUCAACAACGAGACGAACAACCCAGAAGAAGAAGAGGUCAAACCAGACUGGGACAUCUCAGACGAUGACAUUAGUGAGUCAGACUGGGAAGAUGAAGAGGAGGACAAGAAAGAAAGUAAAAACAAAGAUGAGAAAGAAGCGUUAGAUGAUCAACCCCCUGAGCUAGAAGAACCCGCAGAUGUUCCCCCAGAAAAAUAAAAACAUGUUAAGGUUAAUUUAUGUAUUUGUUAUGUAUUUAUACACACAUAGGGCUGAUUAUUUUCUAGCAAAAAUAAAUCUUUUUUUCUGUUCAUGUUUGAUUUGUCUUAAAACUGUUGGCUUCUCGUUUUUCACAUCAAUAUUGAGAGACUAAGUGUUAAUGUUACCAUGCAUUCUUAAUAGGACAAAAUGUAUAUUCUGUGAAUUUCAAGAAAAUAAACAAGAACACAAAUUAAA